CGCCCGGGAUUCGAGUGCGGGAGCGGGAGCGACGCCGCCAUGGACCCCGCGAGCCUGGCGCAGGAGGUGGGGCGCUGGGCGGGCCGAGAAAUGGGCUGCCCGGCCGCCCUGCUGCCCCCCGAGCCUGCGCUGCGCAGGAUGUGUACGGGCCCCAUGGCUGACGUCUGGGCCUUUCUGACACAGAGGAUCCACAGCCAGAGGACCGUGAGGAAGAUUCGUGGGAACCUCUCGUGGUAUCUUCCCAGCUGGCCUGGCUUCCCUGACCCUUUGUCCUGGCAGCCCUGUCUGGAGCACCUAGAGUGGGGGAGGGGAAGGGAGCCUUUGGGUCAGGGGCCGGGGGGCAGCCUCUGCAUGAAAUGGGGGAGGCUGGUAGGCCUCAGGGUACCCCAGAUGAAGUCUUGCUGAGCAGAGUCCCCCCCAUUCACUUCCUGGGGUUUGCCUCCCUCUCUGGUUUGGUCUUUCCCCUGACCAGGGAGUGUGUCUCAACUUGCCCUCCCAUGGUCAGCCCCUCCCCAGCCUCCCCUUUCUGUGAGCCUGCUUUGUCUCUGCCCUUGUCUUAUGACCCUGCCCCACUCCAGCACAUCCCUAUUUGACUCCUUAACCCCCUGAUUCCUUGCAGGUACAACCACCAGGAAAGCCCAGAGUAGGCUGGCCGGAGGCGAGAGCUGGAGGCAGCUCUGCUGAGGGUUCAGGCAGAGAUUCAAGAAAUGGACCUGAGCCUGGAGCUGGCCGAGCGAGAGGCUGUAGUCCAGGACACGGCCCAGGAGCUCACCCUGAAGAAGAUACGAGAUGCCCAGGGCAAGACCUUGCUCCUCCGGGCACGAGCAGCGGCUGCCCGACGUCAGCAGCAGGGCCUCAGGGACCGGACCCAGCGGCUCCAAGGCCAGCUCAGCCACCUGCAGGACAUGGCAAGGAAGGCAAAAGCAAGUGUGGCCUUUGGACCUCCAACACCCAUGCCCUUGGGCCUGGAGCCUAAUGUCCUGCAAGAGGUCAUGAGGGUCUGUGCCCUGCGUACCCAGUUCCUCCAGGCUCUGCUGACCCCUCAUUCUGAUCCAAGGACUUUGACCACCCAGGAUGACCUCUUUGCCACGACCCACAGGCAGUGGUUCAGUGAAAUGGAGGGCCUGAUGGCUUCCUACCCUCCUGCACACAUCCUGGGGGCACUGGAGCACCUAGCUUCAAGACAGACCACUGAGCUACAGUUGCUGACAGAUCAGUGGGAUGGGGAGACUCAUAGGCUACACCUGGAAGAUUUAUCGGAGUCUCCAGUGCUGCCUUCCUUGACCCACCUCAUCCAGGAGGGUUGGCAGGCUGUAGGGGCACUGACCUCAAAGCGGGGCCCUCUCCUGCAACAAGGUCAAGUGCUGUCUGAGAGACUCCAGUGCCUAAUGAAGGAAGUGGUGCAGAGAGUGACGGGGCCCCCAGAGGCUUGCCAAGCCUUGUCCCUGGAACUGCAGGUGGCUGCGCUCAGGGCCACCCAUAACUCUCUGCGAGCUCAGAGCCAGAGCCUGAAGGAGGAGGCCGAGCGGAGGCAGCAGGAGCUCUGGGAGCUCCAGGCCAAACGGCAGCGCAUUGUGAGCUGGCGGCAACAAGUGGAGGAGACCCAGGAGCGGAUCCGGGUGCUGAUCAAGGGGAAUUCUGUCAGCAAGAGUCACCUUCAGAGGAGCCCUGGAGAGGUACAGGCCUUGGCCCAAAGGAAAGUGCUUCCGGCCGCAGGAGCUGUGGGGCUACAGGCCCAGAAUCUGCUGGGCAGACUGGAGGAGGAAGCCCAGUGGCUCCUGGGCCUGGAGCUUAACCCCCUGCUUAGGCGCCAUCCUGGGGGGCCACAGCCCCUUCCAUCCAUCCUCCCAUCUGUCUACUCCCUGCAUCCUGCAUGUCCUGGAUCCCAGAACCUCAGCCAUCUGAGCCAGGACCUGGGGCUGCCCUCAGGCAAGGCCCCAGAAUUCCUCUUGCAUCAGGCAGCCUCCCUGCGUCAGGAAUGGCUCUUUCUCCAGGACCAGCUGAGUCACAGGCGUGGGAUUUUGAUGCGUCUACAGAGGGAUCUGCCCCCAGGACCAUCCACCCAGGAACUGCUUCAGAUCCAGGAGUCUGAGGAGAAGAAGCAGCAGGAGCACUUGGGCCCCAUCCUGCACCGCCUGGAGGAGCUGAUGGAGCAGGGCCUGGAGCACAUUCCCCAGCUCUUGAAGGCUGUGGGGGACUGGUGGGACCAGCCAGGGCAAAAUGCACUCCCUGGAGAUCUUCAGGCCCAGGGUGGCCUCUCCCUGCAGCAGUGGAAGCUUCGCUGGGCCAGGGCCCAAGGACGGAGAGCCUGAAUGGUGAAGCUUGGGCGUGGAAACAGCCAGAUAUGGACACUGCAUGGGAACAGAAUUGCAUCAAUCCUUUCACUGUUAAAAUGACAACUCCUCUCAGUAAAGUGCCUAAAGAUUUGGGAUCAGGGCUGUUCUCCGUGCCUUUAACCUCUGACCCUCCAGUUCACUGCCCCUGAACCAACUCCUGGCCCCUUGGCCCCUGACCUAUCUGGUACGUUCCUGAAGCCCCUGGUUCUACAAACCCCUCAACCCAAACUAGAGGCAUUCAGAGCUUUCCCAGGAGAAAUGUUGCCCACUAGGGGAUAUUUCCCCAAGGACGGGAAAUCAAAGGCUCAAGCUAGUCCUCUAAGGAUGGAGUUCAGGAGGAGGCAGAUCUGCACCAUGGGACACCAGCGACAGGCAUGGGAGUGAGUGGAGGGUGAAACUGAGCCCGGGCCUGGCCUGAGGGGCCAUCCCUGCACCUGACACUGGCACUCUCAGUGUGCCCCUGGUUCCCCCAUGGCACAUGUUACACAUGGGGAGGGACUGGCAGCAGACUGGAAAGGUGCCUACCCCCACCUAGGCUUGGCUGGGGGGGGGGGCCUCUUCCCAGGGAGGAUACAGGGGCUUUAAGAUGCCCCUGGUGGAGGGCCCCAUCUUUUUGGCGACCCUGUGCUCAUAAAAUUUUAGCCUGUCUGGCUUCUUAAACUUUCCCAGUGUUCAAGGUCCGAGCAAGGAGGGCCUGCUUCCAUGUGUAGGGCAUGCAGAGCAGGUCAUGGGACAGAUGUUUCGGUUAUCCUUGAUCCCAUAGAGGUCAGACUUCCCCAGAAAGAGGGAAAUACUUCCCCAGGCCUUGGGGUGCUGAGCCCCCAUUUUCUCAUCCAGGUCUUCCCUGGGACAGUAGAAGUGUAUUUGUUAGGGAGUGGAGACAAGGCAGGGGAAGGAGCCAGACCCUGAACUCCUGCUGGCUACCCCUACCUUCUGGGAGGCAAUGCUGCUGCCUCUUCCAGCCCUGGUCUUUUGCUGUCAAUCAAAGCUGGGGGUAGUGUGGAUGAACUUGGGGACACGAUGCUUAAAAAUCAGGGACAGGAGCCCCAUUCUGACACACCCAGUGCAACUUUGACCCUAAGUCUGAGACUGGUUCCUUCCCUUUAAAUGGCAGAGGAGGUGGUCUGUGAGGUUCCUUCGAGUGUGAGACUUGGGCUCUAUCUUCUUAUUCUUCAGUUCAUAUUAAUAAGAGUUGAAUGUGACCUUAGACAAGUCACUUGCCAUUUCUGUGGCCUCAACAAACCAAGGACCAGAACUGGACCAGAUGAUGCCCACGGAGCUCUUCCAGGUUGGGUUUGGGGAGGUGGGAGCAGAGGUCCCGACAGUCUCCUUCCCCAAAGCGUCUCGUGCUGUAAACGCUUCUUGCCCCUUCCCCCCUCAGAAAUCAGGGCUCUUCAGUUAACCGUCAGCAAACUAGAAAUGCACAGACGCAGUGGGCCAGUCCCUGUCCCUUCCUGGAGGAGCCUGCACUCAAUGGGCCAAGGGUUCUGGCCUCCGAUGCCAUUUGUCCCAGGCCGGGGCCCGGGGACAGUUCUCCGAGGCCCCCCGGACCUCGGCCUCACCCUGCCAUUGCCUCGCCAUAGAAAAGGUUUGUCUUGGCUGCCAGCCGGAGACGCUGCUCCCUUGCCCUGGCACAGAUGACCCCCACCCAUCCCAUCUUCCUUCCACUAAUCCUUCCCUCCUCGGUUAUAACAGCAGACGGUUGUAUUUCUGGGGGGCUUUUAGACUGCAUACCCUCGGCAGACAUCCCACGUCACAACGAUCCUGGGGGCAGGCUAUAUUUUACAGACCGAGGAACUGAGGCGCCAAGGUUUACUGGCGUGUUCGGCGCGUGCUCACAGCGAAGAAAUGGGUUACUCCCCCUCCCAUCUGUUCACACUCUUCGAAUUUUCCCCAAUCUCUAAAUAAUAAUAAAAGGCUUCCCAACCUCUAUCGCUGAGCCUGGAUCAUUUUUUAAAACUGGCUCCCUCUGCCCCCAGUGGGGGUAUAGCCCCAGACUGUCAGCACCUCCUGAAAACCGGCCUUCAAG